ACAUAGGAAGAUAAAUAAACAAUUUUUUUUUAGAAGGAAAGAAGAAGAGCUUUCAGAGGGUGUGAAAAAGAGAGAAGCCAAACGCAGGCGCUCAAACUGUCAGUGUAAACUUAUGUCUAUAGUUGCAAAUUUUAGUGGUGGUGAUGUUGGACAAAGAAAAGAUCAGUCCCUUGCAUGGACACGUGUCCAUGACGUGGGCGCAUGGUCAUGUUUUGUAUCACCUCUCUCCACGAUAUGCCUGCAAUAAUUAAUGGUGGAAGCCCCACACACACAAUUCACAUUCUCGCAUUCACACUUUACUGGAAUUUUAUUCCCUAUAUAUAUGCCAGUAUCCUAAUCAGAAGAACAGCUUCAUCCGAGCAAUUCUCUUUGUCAAUCCCAUUCUCCUCCUCUCAUCUUACUUCGAUCAUGAGCUCAACCAACCUAGACUACACUGGGAAGCCUGGAAACCCAGGCCCUUGGAACACUGGUCUUUGCGACUGUUGCUCCGAUGUCAAAACCUGUUGUUUGACAAUGUGGUGUCCAUGCGUUACUUUUGGGCAGAUUGCUGAGAUUGUGGAUAGAGGAAAUACGUCUUGUUUUGUAGCAGCCACGCUUUAUGCAAUUGUAGGUUUAUCUAAGUGGGGAUUUUGUCUCUCAUGCUUCUAUCGCACUAAAAUGAGGAAGCAAUUCAUGUUGGAGAAGAGCCCUUGUGACGAUUGCCUUGUUCACUGGUUUUGCGAGCCUUGUGCCUUGUGUCAAGAGCAUCGCGAGCUCAAAAUCCGUGGAUUCAACCCCAGUAUCGGAUGGCAUGCAAAUAUGGACAAUCAGCAGGGAGUGGAGGUGGCCCCCAAGGUGGAAGAAGGCAUGAACCGUUAGGGUCGUUACUAUGUUGUUGAAUUUCAUGAAUUAAUUAAUCAUUGUCUGCAUGCAUCUAUCUCUGCACCCGAUUGCCGUUACUGUUUCUCGUACGGAACAAUUAUAUCUAUUGCAAUAAUUAUUUGUAUUGCCGUCA